UGUCCUGCCAAGCCCUGGGGUGAGAGCAACUGUGGUCACAAGGAAGAUGUUGGAGUGAAUUGCUCAGCUCCCCUGUGCCGCCUUCAGACUGACAGUGGGAGAGUCAUGGUGCCCGUGGUCAUCUGCAUUAUCCUGGGGGCCCUGCUCUGCUUGGUCUUAAUCAUCCUGGGGGCGCAGGUGCGAAGUGCCAAGGCACAGCGCAGAGGCUCCAGAAGACCCUUGGAUCCCUUCUCUGAGGCUGUGUACGAGGAGAUUGAUUAUAACCUGAUGAGAGAGAAGCAGGAGAUGUUCAGUCGCUCAGUCUCCUAUUCAGAUGACUCAGUGGCAAAGCUGCAGUAUUAUACUGGGGACAGCGAGGGGGAAAACGAUCCUGGAUCAGAACAAGAGGGAGUUUCCCAGAGGGGGUCUCAGUUUGAUUACGAUAAUGUGGAGGAGCCUGCAUUGAACGAUGUGCCCCAGACUCCAGAGAGCCGAGAUGCCCAUGCCGUGCCUGGAAAUGUCCCAGGGGAUGGUUAUGAUGAUGCCAGAGAAUUGUCUGACCCUGAAGAUGACCCUGCAGGUGACCCUGCUUUGGGGCAGAAUGAUGAGGAAGACACUGGGGCGAAUGACAGGGACAGAGAUUCACAGACAGGUUGGAGUCGGCACUCGCUAAGGGGUGAAGGUGUCUCUGGGAUGGAGAAGGAAACUCAAUCCCUGCCUCCUGGAGACACAGGAAGUAGGGACAGAAAAACAGGAAAAUGAGUGAAAGUGAAACAAGUAAGAAGCUGGAGCUGUGCAGAAGAGAGGGGGAAAGAACAUAUCAGAUUUAUGGAAUUCAAAGGACUGGAAAUUGAGGCGGAGAAUGCCAAACAAGAAGCUGCACACCAAAGAGCCAUGGAACUACAAGCCAAAGAUAUGGAGGAGAAGGAGAGAGAGGAAGUACUAACUGGACAAACCUGACAAGCAGAACCAGAGCCCCCAUGUUCCAGUGAGUCCCACUUCUUCAAAAAUCCACAAAUUGGAACAUUUGUGUCCUACAUACAGCA